AUGUCUACACAAUACGCCAGCGAACCGAAUCCCACCGCGUCGGCCACGCUCAACACGACCAUCGGCCCUAUCCAGAUCGCGCUCUUUGCCAACCAGGCUCCUCUCACUUGCAAGAACUUUCUCCAGCACUGCAAAGACAAUUACUAUGCAGACACAAUCUUCCACCGAGUUGCCCCGGACUUUGUGAUCCAGGGCGGAGAUCCCACUGGCACCGGUUCUGGCGGUACCUCAAUUUAUGAAUAUCCGGAAUUUGAAUACGACCCCGAAGCUCGAGACCCGAAUGAGCGCGUGGUUCUUCGCGAUGAAUUACAUAGUCGUUUGCGCUUCAAUCGGCGUGGCUUGCUGGGUAUGGCUAAGAGUGAGGAUGGAACCUAUGGCAGUCAAUUUUUCAUCACUCUUGCGAACACGGAGCGCGAAUUGAAUGGACAGUGCACCAUAUUUGGACGUUUGGAAGGUGACAGCAUAUACAAUGUUCUCAAGAUUGCCGACGCAGAGCGCAUCGAGGGCACUGAGCGACCUGUGUAUCCGAUCAAGGUUACUUCCUGCGAGGUGGGAGAAUUAGGGCCAUUGGAGGGGAAAUUGAAAGACAGAAAGGUUGUCUCAACGACAGGGCAGUCAGAGGCUGGCCCACCAAAGAAAAAGAAGAAGGCGCCUAAGGGUGGUAAAACGCUACUCAGCUUUGGAGACGAGGAAGGAGAUGAGAUGCCCAUGCGCCCAGCCAAACCAAAGUUCAACACCAAGUUGGUCUCGGAUGUGCCAGGCGGACUGCCCGAGGUAUCAAAACCCAAGACACAAGCUCAGGCCUCAUCGCAACGGAAGCGACCACGCUCUCCAUGUCCAAAUCGAUCACCAUCGACAGAGCGCAAAAAGCGCCCCAAGACCCCAGAGCACGAGACACAACUUCCUGUACGAGAUCCCGAAUCACCAUCCCGGUCUCCGACCCCAGAAGCUCCCGCGAAAGAAUCCAAGCUGUCUCGGACGAAUGCCCAGAUUGCCGAUCUCAUGGCAUCUAUGCGCCGCGACGCUGAUGUCGGUCCUAAAGACACCGGCAAAAAGAAGUCCGCGCUUGAAGCUCUAAUUCCUGAGACCUCAAUUCGAGGACGGAAGCGACCCCCUCCAGGAUCUGCCAACGGCACCAGUCGCAAUGGCACAGGUCCCAGCAACGCAGCAGAGCGAGAAGCACUGCAGCUUUUCAACGCCUUCAAGGCCAAGCUCGAAAGUGCCAAGCCUGAACCCACACCAAACAAACAGAACACUGAUAAACAUCACGACCAAAACGAAGACGAAGACGAAGAGGCACAGCUCUGUGACCUCCACUUCAUUGCGAAUUGCCAGUCCUGUCAAUCAUGGGAUGAUCCUGAAGAAGAUGGGGAUGACAAAAACGAUGAUCGGACCUGGCUCUCUCAUGAACUUCGUUUCGGGAAAGACACACUGGGCAAGGAUCUAGAAUGGAAGCGUCAGCAUGGUGCUGAGGCAGACUCGUUGAUGGUCAUUGAUCCACGUGAAAAGGAGAAGGAAGUUGUUGGGAAGAAGAAGGGGUUACAGCGGGAUAGGGAGCGUGAGAGGAAACUUGAACGCGUUGGCGGCUUGGAGUGGGAUAAGAGCCGUUAA